CGAGGGCAGGGGAGGCGGGCAGCACGUCUGAAGGUCUCGCUGAAGCAUGGCGAGCGGCGCUGCGGUGGUGGCCAUCGACUGCGAGAUGGUGGGGCUGGGGCGGGGCCAGGGGAGCGGCUUGGCUCGCUGCAGCCUCGUGGACAUCAAUGGCACGGUGCUCUACGACAAGUUCAUCCGGCCCGAGGGGGAGAUCAUCGAUUACAGGACGCGGUUCAGCGGGAUCACACCUCGGAACAUGGAGGCGGCCACGCCGUUCGCCGUGGCCAGGCAGGAGAUCCUGCAGCUCCUGAGAGGCAAACUGGUGGUGGGCCACGACCUGAAGCACGACUUCCAGGCGCUGAAGGAGGACAUGGUCAACUACUCUGUCCACGACACGUCCACCGACCAGGUGCUGCUGCGGCAGGCCAACCUGCUGUCCCACAGGCAGGCCUCCCUCCGGCUGCUCAGCGAGGUUCUCCUCCACCAGCGAAUUCAGAGCAACCGCGCCGGACACAGCUCGGUGGAGGACGCCAGGGCCGCGAUGGAGCUUUACAAGCUCUCCCAGCGGCUUCGAGCCCGCUGAUGGCUGCCUGCUCUGGCGAGAGGGGCUGGGGAUCUGUUCGGCCCUUUCCAUCAGAACGUCCCCAAUGUCGUCAUCUCUUCAAGACAGCAACCCCCUUGCUUUUGGAAAAUGCAUCUUUAGUAAUAAAAUAGCUCUGUAUUUUUUCUACUCCA